AUGGCUCCAUCGACGCCGCUCGUGGUGCUCUGCGGCGACCGUGCGCCCGACGUGCUCAUCGAGACUGCUGCUGUACUGCAGGCCGGCGGUCUGCGCCUCGCCUCGCUCUGCUCUCCCGUUGUCGCUGCUGCUUUAGUGACUGCCAAAGUGCCGCACGUGGCGGUGGCUACACCUGCAGACGUGCAGUUGAUGCUCUCGGAUCGUGUUCAAGCCGUACUGGCGCUUCCGCCUGGAGUCUCCGACGUACAAGAUGCUGCUGCCCGUUCACGUGUGGGGAACUGGAUCUCUGGCGCCUAUUCGUUCGUGCGCACGGCUGCGUGGCACCACAAGCAGAUCAGUGUCAUUGUGGACGAGGCAGACUUGAAGAUGGUACAGAGCACGCUUUCAAGCGAUGGAUCGCUGGCUUUUUCGCUGCGGGAACGACGUGCAUUGGCGCAGAAAGCCUUUGCUUUGUUCGCAGAGCUGGACAAGGCUAUUGCUACGAGUCUCAAUGGGGACGACGAGGUCGUGCACGAUGUGCUGCUUGUGGGCAAUGGAGGUCGUGAACAUGCUAUCGCAUGGAAGCUGGCACAGUCUGCUUCGACGGGUCACAUUUACGUUGCACCUGGCAAUGCUGGCACGGAGGACAAUGCUGCUGAUAUCUCUAAUGUGGCUAUCGGCGUAGACCAGCACGACGAGCUUAUUGCAUUUGCUAAGCGCAAAGGUGUGUCUUUCUGUGUUGUCGGACCUGAGGCUCCGCUUAUUGACGGGCUUGCAGACAAGAUGAAUGCAGCUGGUAUCCCAGCUUUCGGUCCUAGCAAAGUAGCUGCGCAGCUGGAAGCGUCGAAGGCAUUCUCGAAAGACUUUAUGCGUCGCAAUGAUAUCCCAACCGCGGCGUAUCGAAACUUUACGGACUACGAGGAGGCCAAGAAGUACCUCGACUCAAUUGACCAUAAUAUUGUCGUCAAAGCGUCAGGUAUUGCUGCUGGUAAGGGUGUGCUUAUCCCGACCUCGAAGGCAGAAGCCCAUGAGGCUUUGCGUGAGGUCAUGCUGAAGAAGGCUUUUGGUUCGGCUGGUGAUGAAGUCGUGCUCGAGGAGUUUAUGACUGGCGAGGAGGUGUCGCUUUUGGCAUUCUGUGAUGGCGAGCGGGUGGUGUGUAUGCCUGGCGUGCAGGACCACAAGCGUAUCUUGGACGGUGACCAAGGCCCAAACACAGGUGGCAUGGGUGCCUACGGCCCUGCCCCGUGCCUCACGAGCGAGCUUGAGCGCGAGUGCGUUGCUAUUGUUGAGCGAGUGAUUGGUGCCAUGAAGAAAGAAGGCAUGCCAUAUGUCGGUGUGCUGUACCCUGGCUUCAUGCUGACUCCGGCGGGUCCCAAGAUUGUCGAGUUCAACUGCCGAUUCGGUGACCCGGAGACCCAGGUUGUGCUUCCGCUGCUGCACAGUGACCUGUUCGAGAUAAUGCGUGCUUGUGUGGAGCACCGUCUUGAGCACUCACUCGUGUCAUGGAAGAGUGGUGCUGCUGCUACUGUCGUGAUGGCAUCUCAGGGCUACCCGGAUGGCUACCCCAAGGGCAAGGUCAUAACGGGUUUGGAUGACGCCCGAUCACUGAAGGACGUGGACAUAUUCCACGCUGGUACGAAGAAAGCUGUAGACGGCAGCAUUGUCACUUCGGGUGGACGUGUGCUCGCUGUCACUGCUGUUGGCUCUUCACUGCAGGAUGCCCUUUGGCUAGCGUACGAGGGCGUAUCAAAGGUCCACUUUGAAGGUGCCCAAUACCGUUCAGACAUCGGUUUGAAGGGUUUGUUACAUGGCGCGAAGAAACUGAAGCUAGCUGUACUGGGAUCCACUCGUGGUAGCAGUAUGCAACCAAUUAUUGAUGCGAUUUCGGCUGGUGAACUUGAUGCCAGCAUUGACAUUGUCGUUAGUGACAAGGCCGCUGCUGGAAUUUUGGAGCGUGCCAAGGAGCACAACAUUGAGUCCGUAGCUCUGUCGGCCAAAGGAUUGUCGCGAGCUGACUUUGACACGCAGGUGUCUGACAUUCUGGUCGAGAAGAAGGUCGAUCUGGUACUGCUGAUAGGAUACAUGCGCAUUCUGUCGAGCGAGUUUUGCAGGAAGUGGGAAAACAAGGUGCUGAACGUGCAUCCGUCGCUUCUACCGGACUUUGCUGGUGGCAUGGAUCUAGCUGUUCACCGUGCCGUGAUCGACGCAAAGAAGACCGAGAGCGGCUGUACGGUGCACUUUGUGACGGAGCAAGUAGAUGCCGGUCCGAUCGCAGUGCAAAUGAAGUGCCCUGUCUUCGAAACUGACACACCCGAGUUGCUAAAGUCGCGUGUCCAGCCACUUGAGGGCGUUGCUUUUCUGCACGUUAUCAAACUGGUCCAGACUGGUAUGCUGUCGAAGAAAAUAGCUGGAAAGAAGGAGAUUACAUAUGCCGAUGCUGGUGUAAGCAUUGAUGCUGGAAAUGAUCUGGUCAACCGGAUCAAGCCGCUGUGCAAGUCGACCGUACGUGUAGGCUGCGAUGCUGACCUGGGUGGUUUUGGUGGCAUUUUCGAUCUCCAGGCUGCAGGCUAUGAUAAGGACACGGCCCUCGUGGCGUGUACAGAUGGCGUAGGUACCAAAUUGCGUGUGGCGCAGCUCGCUAAGAAGCACGACACCGUCGGUAUCGAUCUUGUGGCAAUGUGCGUGAACGAUUUGAUCGUACAAGGCGCAGAACCUCUGUUCUUCCUGGACUACUAUGCUUGCGGAAAGCUUGACGUGGAAGAAGCUGCUGAUGUGGUGAAAGGCAUUGCCGAGGGCUGUCGCCAAUCGGAUUGCGGUCUGAUCGGUGGUGAGACGGCUGAGAUGCCUUCCAUGUACCACAAUGGCGACUAUGACAUGGCUGGCUUUUGCGUGGGUGCGGUUCGCAAGAACGCAAUCCUCCCGCUACCGGUUGAAGCUGGUUUUGCGGUGCUAGGUCUGGCCUCCUCGGGUGUGCACUCGAACGGUUUCUCUCUCGUACGCAAGCUCGUGGAUGUAUCGGGUCUCGCGUACAGCGAUCCGUGUCCGUUUGAAGCUGGCAAGACACUGGGCGAGAGCUUGCUGACGCCUACGAAGAUUUAUGUGAAGCAGCUAAUGCCCGUGGUCAAAUCGCGCCUCAUUCAUGCGCUCGCUCACAUUACCGGUGGUGGUCUUCUGGAGAACAUUCCGCGUGUUUUGACCAAGGAUUUGGCCGUGGACAUUGACUGUGGGAGCUGGCCGCUGCCUCCCGUUUUCAAGUGGCUGCAGAAAAUGGGGAACCUCUCGGACGCCGAGCUCGCCCGCACCUUUAACUGCGGUAUCGGCAUGGUGCUGCUCUUGCCUGAGUCAAACGUGACGGAAGUAACGCGUCUGGUCGAAGCAACUGGCGAAAAAGUGUUCCGUCUGGGUACGACUACUGCAUGCGCAUCGGGUGCAGAGCAAGUUGAGCUGCGUGGCACCUUGGCGUAA